AAAAUUGUUCUUUUCUCCUUUGAUACUUUCAUCAUCAUCAUGAUCAUCAUCACAAUUCACAACACAACCCAAGACAUCAAUUUGGGACGUUCUUCUCAGGAAGGUCCAAAAAGUCAGUGCAGCAAAAACAAACGAUCCGAAGAAUAAUACCCUUUUAUCAUCUUUCUCUCUCUACAAUCAUCAUCAACAACAGUGAGGAUCAUUUUGGUCUUACUUUGAUGGAGAUUUGUUAGAUAAAACCAAAGAUUCGCUGAAAUUGUGUAAGAGAUAAAAAAAGGUGAGAACUUUUUACCUCUAGACAAGUGAUCAUGGCGGUUGCUGAGAAUGCUGGAGCCAAAAUCGGUUCUUCCGGUCAGAAUUUGGACAACAACAACACUGUUGUGUCAGCUGAGGACUCAAGUGAGGUGGAGAAAUCGAAGACUAGGACCGAUCAGAAUCUGAGCAACGGUGGUUUCAACCAUGAACAUCAUCCUGGGAACAUAGCAGUUCCUAAUGGCAACUACAGCUAUAAUGCUCAAGUGGGUCAGAUGCAAGCAAAUGGUGUCCAGAACCAGCAGCUUGUGAUGAACAAUGAUGGGUAUGGGGAGAAUGGGGAUGAGAGUUUCAAGCGUGACAUGAGGGAUUUGGCUGAGCUGUUGUCAAAGUUGAACCCCAUGGCUGAGGAAUUUGUGCCCCCUUCACUGACUAAUAGCCAUGGCUAUUUAGCUGGACCUAAUGCUGGGUUUGGUUAUCCUAACAAUUUUAUUCUGCAAAAUGAUUUUGGACAGACUAAUAGAAGGAGGAAGAAUGUCUAUAAUUCUGGGAAGAGAAGAAUUUUUCAUAAGAUAGAAAUGGAGAAAAGGGAUGAGAUGAUUCGGAGGACUGUUUACGUGUCUGACAUUGAUCAACUGGUCACUGAAGAGCAGCUGGCGGCUCUAUUUCUUAACUGUGGCCAGGUGGUUGAUUGCCGUGUAUGUGGGGAUCCUAAUUCUAUUCUUCGGUUCGCCUUUGUUGAGUUUACAGAUGAAGAAGGUGCAAGGACUGCUUUGAACCUGUCUGGAACUAUGCUUGGAUACUACCCACUGAGAGUGCUACCUUCGAAAACUGCCAUUGCACCUGUUAAUCCAACUUAUUUGCCCAGGUCUGAAGAUGAAAGGGAGAUGUGCUCAAGAACAAUUUACUGCACAAAUAUUGACAAGAAGCUUACUCAAUCUGAUGUCAAAAACUUCUUUGAAUCUAUUUGUGGAGAGGUUCAACGGUUGAGGCUUCUUGGGGAUCACAAUCAUUCAACUCGAAUUGCUUUUGUUGAGUUCAAAGUGGCUGAGAGUGCAAUUGCUGCUCUGAGUUGCAGUGGUGUGAUAUUGGGUUCACUGCCUAUAAGGGUAAGUCCAUCAAAAACACCAGUACGGUCUCGCUCUCCUCGCUCUCCAAUGUCUCGCUAUCCUCGUUCUCCAAUGCACUGAAUCAUCCUUCCAUGUAUGUUUCUGGGGUUGAUUGCUGCUGAGAUAUAUUUACAUAUAUACAUACAUAGAAACAGAUACUGUUGCCCUUGAGUCUUGCAGUAUGGUAUCUUUGUUUCUCGUUGGGAUUAUGAGUUAUGUGUAGAGUUGGAUGGCAUUUUGAGGAUCUUGAAGGCUUAAUUUAUGAUGGGUUGGUCUUGCAUAACCAGAGGAUUUUAUGGUUGGAUGUUUAUAACCUGUGGAGUUUAUAGUUUAUUUAAAGAACCAUAUUACAAAAUUA